AUGUCGGUCCAGACAGUGUCGAUUACUCCUUUCCAGGACCAGAAGCCCGGAACUUCUGGCCUCCGUAAAAAAGUGGUCGUCUUCCAGCAACCCAACUACUCCGAAUCCUUCGUGACCAGCAUUCUCCUCUCCAUCCCCGAGGGCGCCGAGGGUGCUUUCCUCGUCAUUGGCGGUGAUGGUCGCUACCACAACCCGGAAGUGAUCCAGACAAUUGCAAAAAUCAGCGUUGCGUAUGGUGUGAAGAAGCUGUUGGUGGGACAAAAUGGUAUUUUGAGCACACCAGCUGCGAGUCAUCUUAUUCGCAAGCGACAAGCAACUGGUGGUAUUCUGUUGACUGCCAGUCACAACCCUGGUGGGCCUACUGAGGAUUUCGGCAUCAAGUACAACCUUGCGAACGGUGCUCCGGCUCCCGAGUCUGUCACCAAUAAGAUCUACGAAACCUCAAAAUCUUUGACUUCCUACAAAAUUACUCAGUUGCCAGACGUGGAUAUCACACAGAUUGGAACCCGUAAAUAUGGUGAUCUAGAAGUCGAAAUUGUUGACUCAGUGACCGAUUACGUCGAUUUCUUGAAGGAAAUAUUUGACUUCGACCUUAUCCGCAAUUUCUUGAAAACUCACCCAGACUUCAAAGUCUUGUUCGAUUCCAUGAACGGUGUUACUGGACCUUAUGGUGUCCGCAUUUUCCAAGAUGAGCUGGGACUUCCGGCUUCUAGCACCCAGAACUCCGUCCCCAAGUCGGACUUUGGUGGUGGUCAUCCGGAUCCCAACCUGGUGUAUGCGCAUGAGCUGGUCGAAGCUGUGGACAAGAAUGGCAUCCAAUUUGGUGCUGCUAGUGACGGUGAUGGAGACCGUAACAUGAUAUACGGAGCUAAGACUUUCGUGUCUCCUGGUGACAGCCUUGCCAUCAUUGCGCACCAUGCGAAACUCAUACCCUAUUUCCGCAAUCAGGGUGUUUAUGGUUUGGCUCGUUCGAUGCCUACCUCGGGUGCCGUAGACCUGGUUGCCAAGGCUCAGGGUCUGCAGUCCUAUGAAGUGCCCACUGGAUGGAAAUUCUUCUGUGCUCUCUUCGACAAUAAGAAGAUUUCUAUCUGUGGUGAGGAGAGUUUCGGAACUGGAAGCAACCAUAUCCGCGAGAAGGAUGGUGUUUGGGCUGUUGUAGCAUGGCUGAACAUCAUUGCUGGUGUUGCCAAGGAGAAGCCCAAUGAGACGCCUAGCAUUGCCUCUAUUCAGAACGAGUUCUGGCAGACUUAUGGCCGUACUUUCUUUACUCGCUACGACUACGAACAAGUUGACAGCACUGCAGCGGGUAAGGUGAUAGCCCUCUUGACUGAGUUGAUCAACAAUAAGGAUUCUUUCGUUGGCUCUUCGGUUGCUGGUCGCAAGGUUUCUGACGCUGGUAACUUUUCGUAUACCGACCUUGACGGUAGCGUCAGCAAGAACCAGGGUCUGUACGUCAAGUUCGAUGAUGGCAGCCGCAUUGUGGUUCGCCUGUCUGGUACUGGCAGCAGCGGCGCCACAAUCCGCCUGUACAUCGAGAAGCACGAAAAUGAUGCCACCAAGUACGCUUUGGACGCGCAAGAUUAUCUCAAGGACAACGUCAAGCUAGCUUUGGACCUGCUCAAAAUGAAAGAGUACAUCGGCCGGGAAGAACCUGAUGUCAAGACCUAA